AAGGACCAAAGCGGCAUUUCCGGGAAGAUGGCGGCACCCAAGUCAGAUAUGGCACAUGUUUCCGCGGAGAUGAUCCCUCAGUGACGGUCUCUUCCCUGGUGAGACCCUGAGGACAGACACUCUUUUCUUCACCAUGAGUGUCACCCCAGAAGUCAAGAGUCGUGGGAUGAAGUUUGCCGAGGAGCAGCUGCUAAAGCAUGGAUGGACUCAAGGCAAAGGCCUGGGCCGCAAGGAGAAUGGCAUCACCCAGGCCCUCAGGGUGACGCUGAAGCAGGACACUCAUGGGGUGGGACAUGACCCUGCUAAGGAAUUCACAAACCACUGGUGGAAUGAGCUCUUCAACAAGACUGCAGCCAACUUGGUAGUGGAAACUGGGCAGGAUGGAGUACAGAUAAGGCGCCUUUCUAAGGAGACCACCCGUCAUAAUCAUCCUAAGCCCAGCUUGCUGUAUCAGAAGUUUGUGAAGACGGCCACGCUGACUUCAGGUGGAGAGAAGCCAGAUAAAGACUUGGAGAGCUGCAGUGAUGAUGACAACCAGGCAAUCAAACCCCCAAAGAUUCUGACUGAUGAGAUGCUGCUCCAAGCCUGUGAGGGACGAACAGCACACAAGGCUGCCCGUCUUGGGAUCACAAUGAAGGCCAAGCUUGCUCGACUAGAGGCCCAGGAGCAGGCCUUCCUGGCUCACCUCAAAGGCCAGGACCCUGGAGCCCCUCAACCACAGUCUGAGAGCCAGCCCCCACAAAAAAAGAAAAAGAAAAGGAAGCAGAAAGAGGAGGAAGAGGUUACAGCAACUGAAAGGAAUGCAGAUGAGGAGCACCCGGAACACACUGACCAGAGCAUCAGGAAAAGCAAGACAAAGAAAAGGCGACAUCAAGAAGAAAAGGUCUCAGAUGAGAAAGAGGGAACAACUGUAGGGAAUGAGGAGGAAGAAGCUGCAAGAACAAGUGGGCUUGGGAAACUGAAGAGCAGAGAGCAAGCCGAUCAGUCCCUCAGGAAAAGGAAGAAAAAGAAGAGGCAGCUACAUGAAGAGGAGGUGAGAAUGGGGGUCCUGGAUGGAGAAGGAGGUAAGGAGGCUGCAGGUGGUAUCAGGAGAGAGGAGGCAGAGAGCAAAACAUACACUGCCCCAUGCAGCAGAAGCAAGAAGAGGUGGCAGAUUGAGAAGGAGGACCUGAACACAGAGGACAAAGAAGUGGAGGAGACCGUAUCAGAUAGUGGGACCAGGGAAGCAGAAAGCAGAGCAGGCAGUGACCGAAGAAGCAGGAAAAGCAAGAAAAGAUGGCAACGUCAAGAGGAGGAGGUGGUCUUGGAUGUAAGGAAUGGAGGAGAUGAGGAGGAUGGCAGGACUAGGGAAGUAGAGAGCGAAGCAUGCACUGGCUCUAGCAGCAGAGGUAAGAAGAGGAGGCAGCAGCAUCAUUCAGAGGAGGAAAGAGCUGGAGUCAACACUGACCACAGAGCCAAAAAGAAGAAACAGAAAAAGAGACAUUGAAGGUCUGGUCAAGGUGGGGCUCAAUCAGAGCCUUUUCCGUAGAUGAAGCCUCAGAGACAUGGGUCGAUGCAGGUGUUCUGCAGUCCCUUAAAUGAGGAAUUCCUAAGUUGGAAACAGCUCUGGAACAUCAGUCUGCAGAAGAGAGAGCAGUAGUGCCAUGCCUUAGUUGAGGGAGUGGGCAUAGUCCCCUCUACUGCUUCUAACCCAGAGAUCAUGAACUCAGGUACCUGUAGGAGCCCAGCAGCUAAGGGACAAAGAAUGCUGGGGACUGUGGUAACAAGGAUGCAGACACCCUUUGAAGGGGCAUCACUGCUAAAAGAAACUGAAAAUGCAAACUUUUGGGAAAUGUCCUGAUUUUUAAAUAUUGUGAAACCUGAGAAAAACAACAUAUUUAGGUCUAUGGGCUAGAUUCAGCCCACAGGUUGCCAGUUUCUAAUGCCAUACCGAAUGUUUAAAUAAACAUCAGCUUGUGCUCCUAGCAAACAGAUAA